AUGAGCGCAGCCGAGGGCAUGAGCCGCCCUCUGUCGGCGGGGCAGCAGUCCCUGAUGACGCCGCCCGCCGUCACGCCCCCGCGCCCAACCGCCCCCUCGCCGCCCUUCCCUAGCCCCCCCGCAGGCGCCUUCCCCUCCUUCGGCCCCUUCAGCGUGGCCAGCAUGAUCCCCGGGGCCCGCGGCCUCACCAUUCGCCCGGCGGCGCACCCCCCGCCCUUCAAAGACUGCCCCGCGCCCAUGGACCACGGCGACAUGCCACGCCCUCACCAUGCUGGGACCAUUCAUCAGCAAGGACACCAGCAGGGGCAGCAUCAGCAAGGGCAGCAUCAGCAGGGGCAGCAUCAGCAGGGGCUUCAGCAGGGACAGCAUCAGCAGGGGCUUCAGCAGGGUCAGCAUCAGCAAGGGCCGCACCAGCAGGGAGAGCACCAGCAGAGUCAGCAGCAGCAAGGGCACCAGCAAGCCCACCAGCAAGGGCACCAGCAGAGUCAGCAGCAGCAGCAGACACAGCAGCAGAGCCAGCAGGCUCCGCAGCAGCCCGACGACGAGGGGCAGGAUGACUUGGCGUGCGAGAGGAGCCUUGCCGAGGCGUCGCCGCCUGCCGCCGCUCGCCCCGAGCUGGCGAGGGCGGAGCCCCCGAGACCCCCUGAGCAGGAGCGGCGCGAGGAGUGCCAAAUGUCGCCUCAGGAGGAGCCCCGCGGAGGCAAGGCCGCCCCCGUGGCCGCCGCUCCCCCUCCGCCGGUCUCCAGCCAGGAGGACCUCGGCAGGAGCUGCUUCGCUGCUGAAAACCACAAGAUGGCGCUCUUCGCCGAGCCAGCCAAGAUCGCCUCCUUCGGGAACUUCCUCGACUUCAGCUCCAACGAGAGGAGAUCCUCUGGUGUGGGCGUGGGCGGCGCGGGCGUGGGCCAGUGGCACCGCGGCCUGGAGGGCCUGUCGGCGGAACGGUGCCGGGCGUGGGCCCGCUACCUCGCCCACAACAUGCUCGCGCAGUCACAUUCACCGCCUCCGGAGCGCCACCUGCCCGGCGACGCUCUCCCGCCCGGCCUGGCCUCGAAGGAGAGGCCCCUGGCGCCCCCGCUGACCAUCGACAAGGUCACCAUCACGCCCACCACCUCGCCCGACACGCCUGUACGCAGCCCGCACCUAGAGGAGGGCAGCCCGCGGGCGCAGCCGCUCAUUUGGCCCAAGAGGCGCCAGUCCUUCAGCUGCUCGGACGCCCACAUCCAGAAGCUCCUGCGGACGGACGCGGCUCAGGGAGCGCCCCAGAGCACGCCCCUUAUGAGGCUGGGCGACCUGGGCCUCGACCUAAGCGUGAGGCCCCUACACGAGGCCUUCCAGCACCGCCUGCAACCCUUCCCUCCGUCAGGUAGGUCCUCCCACGCCGCUUGGCCUUUCUCGUGCCCUUUCCUUGACGAUUUUUACCUGUGA